AGCUUGUGUUUUCAAAGACUCGAGUGAAUCGCUUAGAACUGAUGAAAAAGGGAAUUCACAAACAUGAAACAAUUGCACGACUUGAGCUUUUGGCCGCAGUGAUUACAUCCCGAGCAGCCUCCUACGUUGCUCGGUCGAUUGCUCAUGAUCUUCCCAUUCAUUGCUUCAUGGAUUCCUUCAUCACCCUGUGUAGGAUUAGACGAGGUCCGGAUGAUUAUAAGAUUUGGGUGGGAAGUCGUUUAAAAGUUGUCUUGCAAAACACCACAUCGUCCCAGUGGCAUUUUUGCCCAGGUGAGAUCAACCCAGCGGACUUGGGAAGCCGGGGAGUCAGUGCUCAUGAACUUAAGCUUAGUGAUCUGUGGUGGCAUGGAUCUCCAUUUCUUUCUCUAGACAAGAGAGAGUGGCCACUGGUCUACAAAACUAACCCACGUGAAAACACAAUCGAAAACGUUGACAAACUUGAGAUGUCCAAACAUAUGUCCUUGCCACAUGUCUUUUUUUCUCAAGUUGAGACUUCCAUUCUAGACAGGUUUGAAGAGUGGAGUUGUGGGGUGCGUAUGACGGCUUGGGUGUUUCGAUUUUUGGGAAAGAUGGGAUUGAAAAUUUUCAAUGAUCAUCGACACUUUACUACCAAAAACAUUCAGGCUGAUGAGUUUGCCCUGGUUGAACGGUUCUGGAUUAGACGAUCUCAACAGGAAUCGUUCAUGAAGGUCAUCUCUCUCGUGAAAAAAGGAAAGCAGCCACCUCAUGAUAGUGGAUUGACCAAUGCUCUGCCAAUUUAUGAUCAUGAUUGCAAUCUACUAGUGGCGAGGUCGAGGCUGGGGGAGAGGCUAGUGGUACUGCCACGUCACAACCGCGUUACCGAAAAACUUAUAUUACACAUCCAUAGAAGACAUUUUCACGUUGACGUCAGUCAUCUGCUAGCCUUGGUGAGGCGAAGAUUUUGGAUUCAAGGAUCGAGGCGAGAGGUGCACAGAAUAGUGCACAUGUGUAACACUCCCCAUUGCCGAAAGAUUAUACCGCUACAGGAGCAGAUGGGUCCACUCCCUUUGGAAUUGAGAGUGGAUAAUCCGGUAGCGUUUGGGAAAAUAGCUGUGGAUUUUUUUGGACCACUCUUCCCCGAAGAAGGAGGGAAAGCUCAUGGUUGCCUAUUCACAUGCCUGUAUUCUCGUGCUAUUCACCUUGAAUUAACUCCCGAUCUGUCCACUGAGCAAUUCAUCGACGCUCUUAGACGACUAAUCGCCAGAAGAGGAAGGACAAGAGUCAUGUUGAGCGGCAACGCUCAGACAUUCAAAGCCGCCAACAGAGACUUGAAGUCAUUGUUCUCCAAACUCGACAAGUCGAAGAUCACGCAGACCUUCCACGACAUCUCGUGGGUGUUUAGCAUUGAACGUGCUCCCUGGAACAAUGGAGUUGCCGAGAGGAUGGUCCGAACUGUGAAAACUCCAUUGAGGAUUAUGCUACAGAAAUCUCGCUUAUCAUUCCGUGAUCUUGAGACGCUUCUUAUUGAGGUUGAAGGGAUUGUUAACAAUCGGCCUCUAGCAGUGACUAAGGACAACCAGGACGAGCAUCACGCCAUCACUCCAGCCGAGCUUGUGAUUGGACGAAGAAUCGAUAUUCUCCCGGAUUAUGCGGGGAACAUAGAGGAUGAUCCACCUUUCGUGAAAAGAUGGAAACAUCUAAAAGCCAUGCUUAAUCAGUUCUGGAGGAGAUGGUCAAAGGACUAUCUUCUCGAGCUUCAACCUACUAGAAAAUGGCACCAUGGGCGCAAUUUUGAGUUGCAGACAGGAAUGGUCGUAUUCAUCCGUGAUAAGAAUAUGUCUCGUCAAGAAUGGAAGUUGGCAGCCAUUGAGGAAUUUGUUACGAACCCCAAGACUGGUCUUGUCCACAAAGCGGUUCUUCGAACAACAACACAGGGAAAAUGCAAGGCAACAAAAUUAACCAGACAUGUUCGACAGCUAGGUUUAGACCCAAUUGCCUGAUUUUACUUUACCUCUAGUCCCUCCAGGGAUAUCUAAGGUCGAGUCUGAUCUCCCUAGAGGUGAUCAGUGGGGGGAGUGUUCUGUGAACCAGAGGUUUUCUACUAUUUAUAUGAAAGGUUGCUAGUUUUUAUUGUUAUGUUUUUCCGAGAGAAAAUAAAGCAGUCGAGUAAAAAGAC